AUAGACUUAGUAUAUACUGGCGUAUAUACUAAGUCUAUGUGCUAUUCUAUUGAAAAUUGAAAUCUGUGAAUGUGAUAGUAAAUAGUAAAAUGUAAAUAAAAAGACGUUUGUGCCUUGUGGUGGUCAUAAAAGUAAAUAAAUAUCUUAUAACAGUAAAUUUAAUUUGGUUCGGUUAAUAUUAUCAGAAAUAAAUACAUUUUUAAAAAACUUGAACUACCGCAAUAUGGAUGAUAUUUCUGUUCAAACAUAUGAAUUUAAUGCUUCUAAGGAGGACCCGUUAUUUCUUAACUCUUUAAUCUUUAAAUACGUUAAAAUCCAUGUCCUAAGAGAUAUUGUGUACCAUGGGUAUUUAGAAUCUAUUGAUCCACUUCAAUACAGUGUUAUAUUGAGUAUGACAAAAGGAAAUGAAUGUAAAAAAAUAUUCAUACCUGGACAUGCUGUAUUAAACAUAACUGUUUUAGAUAAUUUUGAUUCUUUGAAACCAAAAAAUAAUGAAGUCAUAUUUACUGCGGAGGAUGUCUUAGAAAAGAAACAGAAAAUGGUAUCAUGGUUUAAGAAGAAUUUAUUGCCAGUAAUAGAAGAAGGAGAGAAUAUUGUUGUUGGUAACAUUUCAAUUCUACCACCAUACAGUGAAAAUGAUAUCUGCGCUUUAAAUCCGAUUGUUGCUACAGAAGUUAGAAAAAUGAUUUUAAACAUGCCAUAAUAAUAUGAUCUACAAGUAUUUAUUAAUUUAA